AUGUCGCUUGCUAAGGUCGCUGGACAUGCAGAGUCGGCCGUCCUCGCCGAAGCCGGCCAGUCCAAACCAGUUCGACUUAGUCCUACUGGCAAUCCACUCAUCCCAGCAGUAACCAAUGAUCCAUUGGAUCCGUUGAACUGGAGCUUCAUUAAGAAAUACACAUGCAUCGUGAUAGCUUGCUUUGCAUACUGUCUAAUGACAUAUUUCACCACGGCCCCUGUACCAGCAUUCACUCAGUUCGAGGUACAAUUUCAAACAACAUACAAUAAAACCAACUGGACGUUCGCGAUACCAUGUCUCGGUUUAGCCAUCGGUCCACUUCUUACGUCGUCCCUAGCGGAAACCUAUGGGCGACGGAUUGUGUUGAUAGUGAGCACGGCUGUGGCCGUUCUUGCGAGCGGAUGCGCUUCGUUAAACGAUAUUUCGUUGUCGGGGUAUAUGGCCGCUCGAUUUUUCCAGGGACUUGGUGCUGGGCCAUCGGCUAAUAUUGGAUUGACUAUUAUCAAUGAUCUUUCGUUUGAACAUGAGAGGGGGUUCCGUGUGGGAUUGUGGGCUAUGGCUGCUAAUGUUGGGACAGUUCUUGGGGCUGUAGAGACGCACUACCCACGAGAAAUUAUGUUGGGGUACGAAUCCCAGAUAGAAAGGUCCGAAUCAUCUGAUGGAGGUUAUUCACCCGGUAUUAAAAGGACAAAACAGCUUGGGCUCAUGCGCUUUCAAGCUAUUCCUGGCGUGCGACACCCAAAAAGCUGGGACGCAAUACUCGAGUUUUGCAAACUAUGGACCUACCCAAAUAUCUCCAUCAGUGUAUGCGUCUACGUGUUCUUCCAGUACUGGUGGAUCUGCUCCAUUAUGACAAUGGAGCCCUUGGCUUACUCGAGCCACCGCGUUGAAAUACAAGGACUUCUCUUCAUAGGGCUCAUUGUUGGUAUUGUAUUUGCAGAAGUAUUCUGUUCGGGUCGACUUAGCGACUGGAUAGUCGCUCGUUUGGCUCGUAAGAAUGACGAGCGGCGCGUUCCCGAAAUGCGACUAUGGCUUGGAUACCCUGCAGCGCUGGUGGCUUCGAUUGGACUUAUUAUAUGGAGUAUAUCUGUAGAGCGCAACUGGCACUGGAUGACUGGUCAAGUAGCUUUCUUUCUUUAUGCUGCGGGCACACAGGUUGGAAAUACCGUGCUAUCAACUUAUAUCGUGGACAAUUACCCCGAAUACGCGAUGGAAAUUAUUAUGUUCUAUUCGGUAGUCAUUAAUAUGUCCGCUUUUAUUAACCCGUGGUUCAUCGAUCUAUGGGUGGAACAAUCGGGUUGGGCUUGGACCUUUUCAGCACAGGGGAUCAUCUGUACCUUGGGAUUGAUUCCGGGUUAUGCCUUGCUUCACAAAUACGGCCCUCGUAUGCGCAAACCUUUGAAGCUUGUAAUGCUGGCCAAUCAAUAA